AAGAAAUUUGACAUUUGGAUUUUGAUUUGGAAAGCAAGCUGUGUGUGCAGUGUAUAAUCAAUUAUAUCAUUUAUUUCGUCUUACGGUUACCUAUUAGUUAUUUUUAAUUUGAAUUUAUACUUUAUUUAUACAAAUACACAAUAUUUUACAAGUGAUGCGUCAUAUAUUUUAAUCUACGCCAGAUUCCAUUGCAACUGGCGAGUGGUGAUGUUUACUAGUAUUCGAUAUUAACCAAGUCUCAACAAAUCAUAAAACUUGUAGGUCUUCAAGGAUGGACGUGAGACGUGAGCAGCGAUCCAAAAGCGCCUCUCUGGACCGACAUAAGGAUCGCCGAGCACGGAGCAGCAAUAGAAGUGACAGAUCCCCAUCUACCAAAACACAUUCUUCGAAACCAAGCCAUAGAUCAAAAUCAAGGCACAGGUCGAAAAGUAAGGACCAAAAGAAGAAAAAGAAGAAGACGCGUCACUCUUCCUCGAGCAGUAGCAGCAGCUCCACUGACAGCGACGAGGAAGAGUUGAAGCUAUUGCAGCGGCUGGAGGCUGAGAGGCUCUCUGAAAGAGGAGAAAAAGAAAAGCAGAAGGAAGCUCUCAAGGCUAAUGAGACUCCAGAGGAGAAGAGAGCUCGUAGGCUACGUGAGAAACAGGAGAAAGAGCGCAAGAGACGAGAGCGCAUGGGAUGGGACACAGAGUACCAGUGCUACACCAACCAGGACAAUCCAUUUGGAGACUCUGCACUCACCAACACCUUUGUAUGGACUAAGAAACUAGCCAAAGAAGGAGUAAAAAAUGUAUCCCCGGAAGAACUGGAAGCUUUGAACAGGCAAAAACAGUUAGAAAACAAAAUUGAACUUGAAAAGGUGAAGCAGCGCCGUCUUGAGCGCGAGGCGGAGCGCGCGGCGCGGGAGGCGGAGGCGUCGGCGGCGGCGCGUGCGCGCGAGGCUGCGCAGUUCUCCUCAUGGGCGCGACACGAGGACGCCUUCCACUUAAAACAGGCGCGCCUGCGCUCUGCGAUACGUAUCCGAGAUGGAAGAGCCAAACCGAUUGACUUGCUGGCAUGGUAUGUAAGUUCCGAAGAAUGCGUGGACGCGCUGGAGAUGCACGAGCCGUACACAUAUCUCAAUGGAUUACAGAUGCAGGAUCUCGAAGAUCUCCUCGAGGAUAUUAAGGUGUACAAAGAACUAGAGAGCAGCGAGAACCAGUCGUACUGGGAGGACGUCGGCACGAUCGUGUCGGACGAGGUGAACAAGCUGCGCCGCGUGGCCGCGCCCGCCGCCCGCCGCGACGGCGUACACCAAGCUGUCGCGGACGACGUCGCCCAGAUUUUCAAAGGAAAAACAGGCAGUCAACUGGAAGCUUUACAAACUCAGAUUGAACAAAAGAUUAGCGGGAAGAGAGACGGCGUCGACAUCGGCUACUGGGAGAGUUUGCUCAGUCAAAAG